GACGUGGAGCUUUCUUUUGACCUUUCCGGCUACGACAACUGGACAGUUUCGGAAGAGCAGUUCAAGAUCUUCCUAGGAAAGCUCAAGUUCAGCGAUGUGCUCCAAUAUGUUGGGAUUCCAAAAGUCCCGCUCAUCCAUCGGAAAGCUGCUGUUAGUCGGGAGCCUCUUGGCAGUGCUAUUGGGAGAAAUGAUCUCCUCUUUGCGUCUGACUGCCUUCGUGACAAGGGACAAUUGAAAGAUCACUUAAAGGCUUUGGGAUCGAAAUCUGGGAUUGGAAAAAAAACAGAUACAUGCUCCGAGGUUAUCUGGAAUGUUGCGCCGAAUGUGCGCGAGGUUCAAUUUUACUGGAACGGCAACAAUGCCGUCUUGAGAGGCUGGGCUGAGUCAGGCGGACUCAGGAAGUUGAGCAAGCUAAAGCAGGUGUUUCUUUCCAUUGAAGAGAUCAGAAUCAGAAGCCCGAACUGGCACCUAUGUUAUGGACUUUGUCGUGCGCAUGAAGGAACUCUGCGCUGGAGUCAAGGUCGAACUACAAGGUCCUCCGUACCGAAACCACACAGAAUUAUUAGCCUACCCGCGUACCCCACGGAAUCGAGAAAAUAUUUUGAUGUGGAAACCGACGCUGGGGGCUCAAAGACUCUGCGGCAGACUGUGGGCGCUAGCAUCAAAAUUGCCCUCAUAGACGACGGCGUCGACUACAAGGAUCUCCCCAAGCGCACCUUCAUCGGCGGACACAGCUUUUCUACUCGAGACAAAGAGCGCAACCUGAUCCAUCCGCAUUAUGUCUCCAUCAUGGGCCACGGGACCGCCAUGGCUAGACACAUCUACUACAUGUGUCCAAGCGCUGAAAUAUACGUCUUGCGGCUGGAAGACUACCACCACCCAGAGGACCCAAACCUUCGACUGAUAGCAGCAAGAAGUGCCGUAAAAGCCAUUAGGGCUGCGGUGGGCAAGGAGGUGAACAUCAAUUCCGUGUCAUGGACUAUCGAACCUACGGGAACAGAAGGAGACCAGAACCUGGAACUGGCAAUUGCCGAUGCGGCACAGAGAGGUAUCCUCAUGUUUUGCUCUGCCAGUGACCGUGGAGCAAAGCAAAACGCCACAUACCCUUCCAAGGCCGCCCCCGGAAGAAUCUUUACCAUCGGUGCAGCAUCAGUCUGGAGAAAUGCCGUUGCAUCAGUCGGGAGUUUAGAUCGGAUAACAUUCAUUUUACCAGGAGAAAAAGUCAGCGUGCCUGGAAGCGAAAGAGCCAGUCUGUCUUUCAGGGAACCGUCUGGAUCAUCGGUCGCCACGGCGCUAGGUGCAGGAUUAGCAGCUCUGAUGUUGUACUGUGUGAAGGUUCAUUUGGUCCUGGCCAAACCCGGGCCGGAAAAGGAAAGGAUUCAAGAGGAUUAUAGCUUGUUAUUGAAGCAUGAAAUCAUGGUAAAGGUCAUUUAUGGAAUUGGCAUGACACCUGACACCAAGUUUAUAAAGGUAUGCGGCGUAUUUGGAAAGAGUACUUCAGCGGAAAGAGUAGUCCGCAGGGAACGAGUAAGCCCAUUUAAUAGCAGAGGUUGGGAAGACACUGUGCGCGAAACUGCUGUAGAUAGUGUAGUUCAACUAGCACCCAAGAUGACUUGA